AUGGGGAAUGGUGGGAGUACCAGCCUAACAAUUCUGCAAGCUGGUCCAAAACCCUUGGUGCACUGGGAUCAUAUGGUUUGGAAUAGAUUGAAUACACCCAAGCACAAGUUCAUUUGUUGGAUGGCUGUUCAGGAUAGGUUACAGACAGCUGCAAGAUUAGCCAGAAUUGGUGUUUGCUCCUCCCCAAACUGUCUGUUGUGUGAUCAGCAAGAAGAGGUCCAUGACCAUCUGUUUUUUGCUUGCCCCUAUAGCAAGAGGUGUAUUGAGGAGAUCAAGAGUUGGGUUGGCUUUCACACUACUCACAGUGGGCUUCAGAUUCUCAUUAGCAGAAUUGGUAAUAGUCAUCAAACCAAAUUUCGAAGGCAAGUCUGGUAUGCUGCUUUAGCAGCAACUGUGUAUUCUGUAUGGAGGAGUAGGAAUGGCAGUUUAUGGGAUAAGUGUAUCCCAACUGUGCAUAGCACUGUUACUAGAAUCAAGCAGAUUGUGAGAGAUCGAAUUAGGAGUGUAAUGCCUAGAAAAGUAAGUCGAAAGGAUAGCUUAUGGUUUUUAACUCUUUAA